ACGAGGCUCGGGCUGCAGUAUGGAAAGCCGUCGGUAUCAAAACUGGUAGCCGUCACGCGCUUUGCGCCAUACUGUCGGGACCCGCAGGAGAAGCGGAGCGCGCGCGCUGUUCAUGCGGUUCUUCCGCGUGCUGCUGAAGGUCUGAUCCGACACCGUGACGUAAACCGACAAGAAUGGAGCAGCAUAGCCAGAGGAAUCCUGAUGUCCAAUCCUCUUCUGAAGAACCGAAAGUAUCUACAGAGGCUCUUCUUCCAGGGUCAGAGAGCUGUUCAUCUUCACCCAGUACACCACCUGUAGCUCCGGCUAGGCCAAAGAGGCCCCAGAGAACCCCCCGGGUAGAAGAAUCCACUGACACAUCAAACCCUGAGGUUCCAGACUGCCCUGAAUUGAACCAGGAGAAAGCCGACACUUCUGCUUUCCACAAGGCCAGCCAACCAUCAGGUCCAGCCCAGCAACUUCAUGAUGACAAACCCUGUAGACCAUCCACUUUGGCUGGACAUAGUGGUGCAGCAAGGAGCCACAUCUCAAUGAGAGCAGCCUCGCUUCCUCAGGCACCAUCCUACAAACCGCCACUCACAGAUUCUGCCGUUCACCCUCAGAGAGCGCUUUCUGUAGCUGGAACAGCUGAUACAAAUCCUCAAUCUGACGAAGAUUUCAGAGUGCACAUAAGCACAUGGAACGUGGGCUCAGCCGUGCCCCCAGAUGACAUCACUUCCUUGUUGGGGCUGAACGUAGGCGAUGGAAAUACAGACAUGUAUAUUGUAGGAUUACAAGAAGUGAACUCCAUGAUCAAUAAACGCCUGAAGGAUGUCCUUUUCACUGACCAGUGGAGCGAAGUCUGCAUGGACACACUCAGCCGCUUUGGAUACGUAUUGGUGACGUCACAGAGAAUGCAGGGUGUAUUGCUGCUGGUGUUUGCAAAGUACUACCACCUACCUUUUAUCAGAGGCAUACAGACUGAAAACACACGCACUGGACUGGGGGGAAUCUGGGGAAAUAAGGGUGGGGUAAGUGCUCGGAUGAGCGUGUUUGGGCACGCGAUAUGCUUCCUGAACUGCCACCUGCCGGCACACAUGGAGAACUCGGAGAAGCGCAUGGAGGAUUUUGAAAGCAUUCUGCAGCAGCAGCAGUUUGAAGGUCAAGCCGCCAUGGGAGUCCUGGAUCAUGAUGUUGUUUUCUGGUUUGGGGAUCUGAACUUCCGUAUUGAAGACUUGGAGAUGCAUGUGGUUAAGGCAGCUAUCGAAACUAACAAACUUUCCAUGCUUUGGGAAAAAGACCAGUUGAACAUGGCCAAAGAUACUGAGACUGUACUGGAAGGCUUUCAGGAAGGACCUCUGAAAUUCCCUCCUACCUACAAGUUUGAUGUGGGAACUAACACGUAUGACACCAGUGGGAAAAAGCGUAAGCCAGCAUGGACUGAUCGCAUUCUGUGGCGUAUGAGGCCAAUGGCUCCAGCUAGCAAUGUGCCCAAGCGUAGCUCAGUGUCAGGCCUCACCAGCGGCACUCGAGUUGCACAGCACUUCUACCGCAGUCACAUGGAGUACACUGUCAGCGACCACAAGCCCGUCUCCUCCAUCUUCACCUUGCAGUUCCCAUAUAAGGUGGAUAUCCCUUUGGUAACGCUCAUGGUAGAGGAUGAAUGGAGGGAAGUGACUGAUGCUGUGGCCAAAUUUAAAAUGACGCCCAAUUACUCCAGAAGUUCAUGGGAUUGGAUUGGACUUUACAAGGUUGGAUUUAAACAUCAUAAAGACUAUGUGAGUUACACUUGGGCUAAACAGGAGGAGUCAGAUUACCUGAGACAGGAGCACCAUGUUACCUUUGCAGAAGAGGAGUUGCCAAAGGAGUCUGGUGACUACAUUUUGGGUUACUAUAGCAACAACAUGAACUCUAUCGUGGGUGUUACUGAGCCAUUCCAGAUUCAGUUGCCCUCAUCCAGCACGGCUGAUCUCAGUCCCUCUGACAGCUCAGAUUUUACCUCCGAGGACGAGGUCAAGAAAGGCAGCAGCAGCAGUAACAGUAGUCGCAGCAUCACACCCACUGGACAAGAGGGAAACUUCCACAAACCCUGUUCCGGACAGGACUCAUCCCAUUCUGCUUCCAGCUCAAAGGGUGGCAGUCCUGUUAAAACGAGUAACUCCUCUGAUGAUCGAGAUUCAAACUCAGGGACAAACAGCGGAAAGCUACAAGUGCCCUAAAUAAGCAUACUGAGAUGCCAGAGCUGGCAUGCAGAUGUACAGUAAUGCAGGAGCUGAAGGAUUCUCACUUGUGCUUUUCCUGUAUCGUGACGUUGUUUGUUACUUGGAGUCUUGUAUAUAUGGCAGGACAGAGUAAGGCUUUUAGUAGCUCUCUCUGAGGAGUUAGGAAGUUGGACUGAAUUAAAGUCUUUGUCUGUUUUGCAGUAACCUGAAUUCAUGCUAUUCGACAUUCUCCACUUUUUCUUUCCCGCAAUUUGAAUCAGCUACAAGCAGAAUGGUUCAAUUCUGGGACUUUAAGAAAGAGCAAAGCACAAAAGUUCUAUUAAAAAUAUUUUAUAUCCUCAUACAUAAUGAGGAUUUAGCCUUUGUUGUUUUGCUCUGCAGUGGUGUUUGUUGAGGCAUCAGUCUUUUUUCACAGUCUAUGAAACUGCCAGGUUUUCGGGAGAUUUUUUUUUUUGCUGAUUAAAUGCCUUUGCUGAUCACUGGACUACUGAUGAGAGUACUUUCGUAGUACCACACAUCAGCCAGUUCUUGGAAAUGCUUUCUAUUUCCUAUUACUAAACUGUCAGGACUCAUCUGGGGCAUUUGUUUCUUGUAUUCACAAGAUGUUUGAAGUUUACUUUCAGUGUAGAGAUCUGCUCUUUCAUCAUAUGCUGUAUGUCAGGCAAGGUUGAGCCAGAUUUAUUUCCAUUAUAGCAACCAUAGUAACCAUAGCAGAACGUGAUUAUGUUCACUGUGAAGGAUACAGGUCCUUCUGUGCACUCACUGACUCUCCCACAUGGAUUUUGCAUCACUGGAAUCAUGUCAUUCAUCACUUGUAAAGUUAUUGCUUUGCUGUUCAUGUUACAGUAGAUGCCAAAGUCAAGCUUUGACAGAAAACUCUGAAGUCAUGUUCUUCCCCUUGCUGAAGAAUCCAACGCUAAAAGAAAAGUGAUGCCUUUGCUGAUUGCUGAUUUAAAGGGCACUGUGCAAAAUUUCAGCUUAAUAUAGAUUGUAUAAUAGGGAACCAAGUUGAGAAAGUUUUAAUUGUGAGCAUGACUGAAAAAACAAAAACAAAAUAACAAGCACAUUAGCAAGAGUAUAUUCAUACUUUGUGAAUGACUCAUACAACAAUGAUGGAGUUAUUCUAGUUAGAUUUGUGGAAGAAUGUGACAAACUUUUUUGUGCCUGGUUAGAGUUGAUCUUAAGUAUCACAGAGUACAACAUCACUGAUGUAUUUAUAACUGUGGGGAUUCUGUGAUUGUUGUCUGGUAUUUUCUAGGAUUUGUCCUGUGUGGCAAAGAUCUCCUUUCUCUCUCUUGCUAGUUCACAGUGCUGUUUUCAGUAGCUGUAGUCAAGUAGAUGGUGACUCUCAGUGUACCAUUUAGGACCAGCAGAACUACUUUACACAGUGUGCUAUAUAAGUGUAAGAGUGUGUACGUGUUUACAUGUUUAUAUGUGUGUGACUGUAUGUCAUGCAAGCAUAUUGUGCUGUCAGAUUCCUUUUAAUACUGCAACGAUGUGAAAAAGCAACAUUCAAAGCUGUGUGAAAUUGUAAUCAACCCUUAAAGUGUUUUGUAUAGUUUUGUGCUUUUUAUAUUUUUCCAUUUUGAACUACUAUAACAAUAUAUUUGAAAAAGCAAAAUAAUCAAAGCCAUCCUCACACAACAGUGUUAUACUGUAGUUGGAUGAGCCAAACCUGCUUGAGGUAAUGAUCUACAGUACGUUACACUCAGUCCAAUAUCAAGUGGAUCGGACCAAAAAAUUAUUUUAGUAGACCAAUGUUCACCAAAUGAGCAGAUUUCAGACUUCAGUGAAGCAUUAUUUUGGAAAGAGACAUGGUUAUAGCAUCAAAUUUUGAAAUUGCUAAUGAAGAAUUACAUCAUUAGCAAAUUUUGUCAGUGGCUGAUUUCAUGGCCCUGAGCUUAUUCCUCUAUUUUGCCUCUUAGUGGAAUAAGUUGGUCUUAGUGGAAAAGUUUUUUUUUUAAUCUUUUAAUUCAGUUCUGCUCCACAAGAAGUUUUUAAUUUAGGACACAACUAAAUUCAUGAGGAGAGCUGGAUUACAACCUUUUUUUGGGCAGAGCCUAGCUUUUGGGCUGUUUGUUGGAUACCCCUGACUUAGUUCAAAGCAGGACUAGCUGUAUAGUAAUGGUGGUUGCCAGAUUUACUCAGAUUUAAAAUCAUAUUUGUAGGUUUUUAAAACUCUUACAAUCUCAUCAUAGCACAGAAACAGCACUGGUUAAAGUGGUAAAUGACAUGUAUUUGUAUCUUGUAAAAACUCUCUCAAUCAUCCUCCUGAGAGCAGCAAAACAUUUUGGGCUGGGAAUCUUUUUUGCUGAAGGGCAUAACAGAAAAAUUGCUGUCUCCUAAACAAUGCUGUUGUAAUGUUUGUUAUUGGACAAUAUCUUAGGAAAACAGGAUAUAUUUAUACAGCUUGUAUUUGUUGAUUUAUUAUAAGCUGAGAGUUAUUUAUAUAUAUACAGCAACGUGUCUCAAUUAUUUCUUUCUUUCUUUCUUAUUUACAUGACAAUGAAUCUCUUUGGGUCUCUAAGUUACUUCACCUGCUUUCAUCAGUUUUGUGGUUGGAGUGCUUUGGGUCAGGAUUAUGGUUAAGGGUCAGGUUUAGAUCUGUGUCUGCAGAAUAGCUUAAAUAAGCAGGAGAGUUAGUAUCAAUGGAAAUUGUUUAUGUCUAUGGCUAGAACAGACAAUCAAUGCCAAAAAGAAAGAAAGUAAUGUUUAUAUAAUGUGAUUAUUGUAUGUAUUAUGUGUAUUAAUUUUUAUUUUUAUGUCAUUAUAUGUACUAUAUGCAGAAUGUCAUUCUGCUGGGGGUUGUCUUGAAGGCAUUAUAAAUAGGCAGGUUUUAAUUUAAAUUAAAAAAAUGCAUUAUUGAUAUGGUGAGUCAAAUGAAAAUAUUUUUUAUUUUGCACUGUUAAUUGCAACAAGUAUCCAGAUUCCUCUUUUAAAAAUGAUUCCGUUCUCAUUUCUGUUGUACUUUAAAUUUUUUCAUGUGACUCGCGCCCUUGUAUUUCUUGUUUUUAAAUAUCUAAUUGUAUAUCUUACC